AUGUCGACACUGGACAGAGCUCGGGCAAAUGUAUGGCAGUCGCUGCAGCAGAUGAAGACGCUCCUUUCUGCCGUCAAAGCACCCUUGCCCACGCAUUCCGGCGAUGGCUCAUAUUUACCACAACCAGAGAAGGAGAACCUCUGGGAGGACGUGAAUGAGAUCUUUCGUGAUAUCGGUAGGCAAGAUGUCAAGGAUCUAGACGGGCUGUUCAAAGCCGUCAAGGCUUCCAAGCUUGGUCAACCUCUGAACGACAAGCAAUACUUGAUGGAGAGUAUGAUUGCAGUGGCUUGCAAGAUGCCUGACGGCUUCCUCCAGAAGAAGAUUACCGAGAGCUUGGUUACCACCCUCUGGGAUGACCUCGAACACCCUCCUCAAACCCUUCUCAGCGACGAGUUCCAAUUCCGACAACCAGAUGGGAGUAACAACAGCUACAAAAACCCCAACAUUGGCAAAGCGGGCAUGCCGUAUGCACGAACAGUAGCGCCGAAGGUCAAGCAACCCGGCGUUCUACCCGAUCCGGGCAUUCUAUUUGACUCGCUCAUGGCCCGGAAGGAGGGCUCUUCCACUCCACACCCCAAUCGCAUUUCGAGUAUGCUGUUCUAUCUGGCGAGUAUCAUUAUCCAUGAUAUCUUCCGAACCGAUCACGCAGAUUACAACAAAUCCAACACAUCUUCCUACCUGGAUCUGGCGCCACUCUAUGGUUCCAACUGGGAAGAGCAGAAGCGCAUGAGAACUUUCCAAGACGGGAAGAUCAAACCUGAUUGCUUCUCCGAGACGAGAUUGUUGACUUUCCCACCAGGUGUGGGUGCGCUGCUGAUCUGCUUCAAUCGAUACCAUAAUUAUGUGGUGGAGCAGUUGGCAAAGAUCAAUGAGGAUGACAGAUUCAGUGUCAAUCCACGACAGAAGACGGUCGAUCGAUAUGGGGAGAAGGAUUUGGAUAAGAGGGAUGACGAUCUUUUCCAGACUGCGAGACUUAUUACUUGUGGGCUCUACAUCAAUAUGAUUCUCAUUGACUACGUGCGAACGAUUUUGAAUCUGAAUAGGACCGACGACAACUGGCAGCUCGACCCACGCGUGAAUAUUGUCGAUGGCCCGCCCGUUGGCACCGGUAACCAGUGUGCCGCAGAGUUCAAUCUCGUUUACAGAUGGCACUCCGCUGUUUCACAUCGAGACGAUCUGUGGACACAGCAAUUGUUCAAAGAGAUGUUUCCCAGCAUAGCAGCAGCCGACGCCCACAAGCCAGAACACAUGUACAAAUUCUUGGGUGCGCUGCAGCAGCUACAAGCCAAGACCGAGUCCAAGGAGCCCAACGAGCGCCACUGGCCUGCUCUGCAAGAAGAGAGAAUGGACCGUGUCGAAACGGGCCCAUUCGCUGGGAACUUCAAGGAUGACGAGCUAGCAGAACUCCUGAUCAGUAGUAUUGAAGAUUGCGCCAACACCAUGGGGCCGCAGCAAGUUCCCACUGUGAUGAAAGCCAUUGAAAUCCUCGGGAUCCGCCAGGCUCGGACAUGGAAGUGCGCCACAUUGAAUGAGAUGCGUAAACAUUUCGACCUCACUCCCCAUGAAACGUUCGAAUCCAUCACCGACAACAAGGAGGUCGCUGACGCCCUUCGACACCUCUAUGACACUCCCGAUCAAGUGGAACUUUAUCCUGGAUUAGUAGUGGAAGAUGCCAAGGAUCCUAAACUGCCUGGCUCGGGUCUUUGCCCGUCAUUUACUACCAGUCGUGGCGUGUUAUCUGAUGCCGUGGCGUUGGUCCGAGGCGACAGAUUCUACACCAGCUCGUACACGCCUGCUCUCCUCACGAACUGGGGCUUCCAGGAAGCUUCGAGCGACUUGACGAUUGAUAAUGGCUGUGUUUUCUACAAGCUGUUGCUGAGGGCGCUGCCGAACAGCUUUGAUCCAAUGAGUGUUUAUGCGCAUUAUCCGAUGACCAUCCCUUCAGAAAUGUCCACCAUUCUCAAAGGUCUGAACAAGGAUCACCUCUACCAGUUCGACAGACCUACUGAAAAGAAGCACCCCGUGGUACUCUUCAGUGCAGCAGCAGUCAAGCAAGUGACUGAAGACCAAGCCACCUACCACGUUACAUGGGGCCCCGCAAUGGAGUUCCUGAUGGGCCACCAAGUGCGCAACUUCAUGCUUGCUGGUGACGGCCCCAAAAAUGCCGAGUCACGAAUGAUGAUGGAGAAGGCCAUGUACUUUACAAACGGGGCAUCAACCACUCAGCCGAAGGGCAACGAGAAAUGGCUGCAAGCAGUGAGGGAGUUUUACGAGAGAAAGACUACGGAGUUGCUGAAGGAGAAGAGUUAUACAUUGGCGGGAGUGAAUUAUGUGGAUCUUGUGAGAGAUGUAAGCAACAUUGCACACGUGCAUUUUGGGAGCGAACUGUUCUCGUUGCCGUUGAAGACAAAGGAGUUUCCUAGAGGGAUCUUCACCGAGCAGCAGAUGUAUUUGAUCAUGGCUGCGGUCUUCAUUUGCGUCUUCUUCGAUCUAGACCCACCGAAAUCCUUUCCGCUGCGCAUGAAGGCUCGUGAAGCUUGUCAACAACUGGGAAAACUCAUGGCACUGCAAGUCGAGAGUAUUAAGAAAACCGGAAGACUCGCGGAGACGCUCAUCGAUGCCGUCAAGCCAAACAAUGGUCCACUGGCAGAUUAUGGCGUGCAUAUGAUCGCCCAACUGUGCAAAGCGAACCCGCACAUGAACACCGAAGAGCUGGUAUUUGGUCAUAUCAUGGGCACAGUCGGCGGCAUGGUCCCUAACCAAGGCCAACUGUUUGCACAAGCGCUCGAUUACUUCUUCACUGAAGGCAAAGAGCAUCUCCCGGAAAUCAACAGAUUGGCUAAGCUCGACACUCCAGAGGCAGAUGACGUGUUGAUGCACUAUCUCAUGGAAGGUGCACGUCUCAGUGGCGAAACUGGUGCUUUCCGCUUCACGACCAAGGAUACCACCAUUGUGGACGAUACGGGCCUCACGAAUCUCCCGGGGAGCGAGAAUGGUGUUUUUACGCAUAAAUUGCAAAAGGGAGAUAUCGUCAUGGCGAACUUCAAAGCUGCAUCUCGGGACCCUCGAGCCUUUCCGGAUCCGGAUGUCGUCGUCCUCGAUCGACCUUUGGACAGUUAUCUCAUGCUGGGACAUGGAGCCCAUCAAUGCUUGGGUCUCCCCAUGACCAGGGUGGCUUUGACGACCAUGUUGAAAGUUGUCGGAAGAUUGGACAACUUGAGAGCUGCACCUGUUGCUGUUGGUAAUGGAGGCAGUCAAGAACACCAGAUCAAGAAGGUGUUGAAGGAAUUUGUACCUGGUGAUUCGAAGACUGGGGGUCUGCCCGAGAGUUGGCACUAUCACCUGUAUUUGACCGAGGAUUGGGACCAGUAUUUCCCUUUUCCGACCAGUUUGAAAGUUUCUUGGGAUGGGAUCAUACCUGAAGUCGAGAGGAGGUCAAAUGGGAUUUAG